GAUGUACCUUUCAAAAUGGCGGACAAAGACGGGCGAAAUUUUCGCACCCUUUACUAUGACACUUUGGGGCUUCGAAACGUAGAGCAGAGAAAAGCACUGGAAAUUUUACUGAAGGAUGAUCCCAUAGGUGAUUAAAUAUUCUCUGAGAUCAAUGAUGUUUUUAAGAAACUAAGGCUAUGUACGUCCCUUGAUUCAGCUUAAUAUUGUCUAGCUCGUUUCAGACUAGCCUGCUGAAACGCCUGGAACAGUGUACUUUUUGUCUUUUAAUUUUUGCAGACGUGAAGCGAAUUUCGACGUUUAGUACACGGUUUAGCUUGCCCGCUAUAUACAGAACUCACGUGUGGAAAGUAAUUUUAGGUAAGCGAGUUGCUUUACUGGCCUUGGUUUACGACAGUCAAACCGGGAAAACCGUGAGCGCCAGAAAUAUUUCUGGAAUGUUAUUGUCUUGCAAGAGAAAAGCCAAUCAGGCAUGAGAAAACUAAACUGCAAGCAAGGCCGUUAAUUAGUCUGUGGUUUUGUGGCUAGUCCGAAUGUCCUGAUCUUUGCUGUGAUUGGUCAUAACACAGUGAACAUUCCUGAGAUAUUUCAAGUGUUCACGUUUUUCCCAGUCACACUGUAAAUGGUCAUGCUGGACUCAAAUUCAUGCUUCAUUAAAAAAGGCUGCCCCAAUCUAAGCAAAUACGUAUGCAAGAUUUAGCAGAAUGUAGCAGUUGAAUAUUAAAACUGGUGUGUUCUUAAUUUCAGUAUCAGGAUGUUAUGAGAUGCUUUUCUGCACAGCCAGUUGGUGGGGUUUUUAAAUAUGGUUGUUUCCCCUACGAGUCUUUUCGCCAACGUCCUGUUUGCUAACGUGUUAAAUCAUUUCGCUUACCUGUUAGCAGGGUUGUCAGAAAGUUUUGAAGUAGACCGCUGAGUUGUCAAAGUAAGCGGCCAAUCCAGGGAUAUUUUAUUUUAAAAACGCCAUCUGUAAAGAAAUGCCAAGCAGAGUAGCCGGCCGAUACUAACUAAGUAGGCGGCCAUUUUUGUCGGCAGCCGGCCACUUUUGACAACCCUGGUGUUAGGUCUAAAGGCCUGUUUCAAACGUCAUGCUACUGCUAUGCUAAGCUGGCUCGACUGUAGCUCGACUGCAGCACAACACUAGCACGACUUGGUUUAAGUCAAAUAGAACGACUGUUCACGAAAUUAAAACGCAAAAAUAAAGAAACGGUUUAGCAAACUUUUAAAUGUAUUCUAAUGUAUUUAUAACUUAUGAAUUGAGUUCGGCACGGCUGUAGCACGAUGUUUGAAACCAAGUCGAGCCACUGCCGUGUAGCACAACAAGGCUUGCCAUGCUACACGGCAGUAGCAUGACUUGGUUUCAAACGUUGUGCUACUGCCUUGCUAAAGUCAAAUUUAAUUUGAUCAAUUGAGUUAGGCACGGUAGUAGCACGACGUUUGAAAUGGGCCAUAGUUCCCUACCUGCUUUUGCCUGGUCAGUGGCUAAAUGAAUAAGGUAUACAGCUAUUUCGAGAAAAGUUGUCGGAAAAAGUGCACGCGACAAUCCCGAAAGGUAUUGUGAGUGGUAUUUAGUUCACUGUUUUUUCAAAGAAAUUUCAAAGAAUGGCAAGAGAGGCCAUGGAUGUAUGUUAGCGAGGGCUAAAGGAAAGCAACAAAAGUAAGUUCGACGGCUACAGUGUCGGGAACAGUGUAUUGAUCAUAUCCCAUAUUACCUUUGGGACUUGUCGUGUGCACGGUUUUUCCGACAACCUUUCUAGAAAUAGCUGUAUACAUGUACAUGCUUAUCGCACUUUUUCAUAUCAUGGCUGAGACAACAAGGUAUAUACAUGUGCAGUGCUCGUUUCAUUUCUGAAGCAGAACAACAUAAGACAUUAACGAACACGACGUUAGCUUAACAUCUCAUAGGCAGAACGACAAGUCACCAAUAAAGGAUUCUGACACCAAGCUUAAGAACUUUCAUAUGAAUCAAUGAAGGGAAAACUCUGCUUUUCUCACACAAAUACUGAAUUAUCAAAACACUCUUAUCAGUGGCCAAUCCAGGGGACAGCCCCGGGCCUCCCCAGUAUUUUUAGACUAAACUGAGGCUCGAAGGGCCGAAAAAAAUUUUUUUUGAGAUCGCCCCACCCACUUAUCUCAGGGUCUGGGUGACCAUCCCCACCCCAUGCCCCCUUAUCUGAAGGUCUGAAUCAGCCACUGCUUAUGAUUUAAAGUUAAGUGGUACGGGAUACAGUGUUAUUUUUGUGAAAAACAGGUGUCAUUCCUCCCUAUCGUGAUGCACACCAGUUUGUCAUUCAGCAGCGUCGUGAACAUGUUAAUGACCUCAAGCAUGCCUUGAUAGUCAUGAGAAAGAUAUCUGAUGAAGAUGAGCUUUCCCUCCAGUUAUCCAUGAUGUACCUGUUAGAGGAAGGAGCCUUGAGGUUCGUCAACCUACCCAAGGUAACCAUGUUCAUUAAACUUAGGAAGCUACUAGUGAUGGAUUGGGAAGGUUUCUUGGGAUCAUUUUAUGUUUCUGGGAAACUGCCCGCCUACCCCUCCCCUAAGCCAACAUAAAUACUUACUUCUCACUUAGAGCAAAAUGUUGGCUUAGGGGAGGGGUAGGUGGGCAGUUUCCCAGAAACGUAUAAUGAUCCAUUACUUGAGAUGGAAUCCUUGGCUUAGUAUGAACAUUUUCUUUAAGAAUAACAAAGAAAUUUCUGCUCAUCAGUCAUUAUUUUAUAAAGAAAAUGCAAAGACCCCCGCUCUCACCAUUGUGCUGGUCAAAUGCAUUGAUGUUGGGUAGCAAUCUGGGGUAAUGGGGUGAGAAAUUCUUUGGGAGUGUCAUAUGUUGCAAGAUGCAUUUCUGUGAUAUUAGUACCAUCGAAAUGGCAUUGAAUGAUCUACACAAGAGAGCAUUCAAUCCAGUCCUGCUGGUUUAAUUACCAACAAGUCUAAAUUACAAUAAUUAGUAGAAAGAUGAAACUCAUCGUUACACAAACUUUGGACAGACAAAAAGCUCUUGACUCCUAAAUAGGAACUUGAAGUUAUGACCUGCUAAAAACUGGCCGGGACCCUAUCAACUGUUUAGAAUGUCAUCUGGCUUUGAAUCCUAUGAGGGAUUCAGGUUAUUUUCAUUGUUACACACUUGUGCCAAGACAAUGUUGAUAACUUACCGUAAAAUUCCGAAAAUAAGCCCCUCAAUGUAUAAGCCCCUCCAUGUAUAAUCCCCUCAAACCAGAAACGCAAAAAACCCUCCAUUAAAUCGCCCCUCCAAAUAUAAGCCCCCCAGGGGCUUGUACUUGGAAAAUUGCCCUCAAAUACAGAGUAAAACAAAGCAAAAACAGUAAAUUUAUUUCCAACUAUAAGCCUAGCUUAAUCGAUUUUGAAAUGCAAAUUUCUCUCCGUAGAUAAGCCCUUCCAAAUGUAAGCCCCUCAAAAAAUAAUCCCCUCAAAAAGGACCUUUGAAAAAUAUAAGCCCCGGGGAUUAAUUUUCGGAAUUUUACGGUAUUUUUCUCAUACUGCCACUGUUUUGUCCCCACUGCAUGCAAAGACUGCACUAUAUUGGAGAGCAAGAAAACCACUGAAAAAAAAAAACAAAAAAAGGAAAAUACCUUUUCAAUUAAUAUUGUAAACUCUUUGUUUGUCUUGUUUCAGUGCAUUUCUUACACUCCAGCGUGCAUUCUUUGUACCAAUGACUGAAUGGCUGCAAUGACCUUACAGGCUGAUAGACGUGUACCAUGUGACCAUGCUUUCACUUAACUUGUCAUUAACUGAUCAUUACUUCUGCACAAAAAUUAGUAGUUACACGUGAGGAAUAUCCAUAAAAAUUGUCUUGAAAUUGUUUUUAUGUGCUCAUUUUCCAUUUUUUGAAAUUCUUUACUUUAAUUCUUUACUUUACUUAAUGUUACUAACUCUACUUCAUAUAGAAACUUGAAAGGAAAGCAGAGGCCAUGAGAGCUGUGGUGCAGGUCUUCAUGGAUAUGUUUGAUGAUGAGGUUGAUCUUUACUGGUUGUCUGUCAAAUUUAUGAAAUGUCUGGACCAAUCAGCUGCCCAAUUAGAUAAACUGGUAACAUUUUAAGUACUGAGUAAUGCUCAUUAUUCCACUUCCAUUAAGUUUUUAGGGCAAUGUUUGUCAGUGAGUAAGUUCUUAACUGGGGCUUAGGGGUAUGAGGAAAGUGAGAAAGCUCUCAGGUGGGGAAGACCUUCCAUCCCGUGCCUCAUACCCAGACGUCUCUGUCUCAAUGAAAAUGUUAGCCUGCGAAAACAUCCGUUUCUCUUCGCUCUUCACUGCUGGGAACAUUUCGCGUGGAAGAAUGUCUGCGACUCAGCGGCAGAAAUUCCAUACUAAUGAUGCAAAUCAAUGUUUACAUAAUAAAUCCGGUAGUCAUGGGGUUCCAAAUACAAAUUUGUCCAAUUUUACAUGUCCUCUGGUCGAUUUUGGUAAAGUGUUGUGUUCAUCUGCCAACGGGCUCCAGCAAAACUCAAACACUUUUUCUAGAGAAGAGUUUAUUCCGCAAAUAUUGAGUGUUUUGCUCGAGAUUCUUUGCGUUUACAUUUGUCCUUUGUGGCCUUUUGUCUUUUGUCUGUCAUUUGUAAACAACAGCUAAAACAAUGUAACUACUCCGUCGACCAAUCACCGCUUCUGACUGGAGUCUGGGCAGAUUUUACGUCAUCAGUAUGGAAUGUCUGUCGCUCAGUCGCAGACGUUCCUCCUCGCGAAACAUCCCCAGCGGCAAAAAGCGAGGAGAAACGGAUGUUUUCACCGGCUAUGAAAAUUUGUGCACAAAGGAAGGCAGGAAGGAGAAAACAUGUGAGACAUUGCUUCCCUUCUUUACCCUUCCCAUGGUCUGUUGCACUUCUUCACCAGUCACUCGCGUUUUGUGCUGGCCUCUAUGCGAAACCAUGUGAAAAAUGAAGCGCCUGAGGAGGAGGCAGCUCCUACCCCCAUGCAUUGAGAGCUUGCUUGCAUGUUAGCCACUAGCCUAACAUCUGUAUUUUGUGGCUUAAAAUAAAACUUAUUCAGAGCCAAUGUAAGGACAGACUUGAAAACGGAAAUCUUUCAGCAGGCAUGUAGCUUAAAUUUUUAUUUUAUAACACACAGAAAAUGGCAUUUGAUGGGCGGGUAAUAUGAGAAGAAAACAGUUGCCUUUUUAAAGACUGCAAUUUUUUAUCAGCCAGAAAAAAUAUGUUGAGAGGCGGGUAUUUUCCCCGGCUCCCGGUUAUCAUCUACAUCCCUGCUUUGGUUGCUUGUCAUUUUGUCCAGUCACCUGAGUUGUUAUUUUGCCAAAAAUGUAUUUAGAAUCCUUGAAAUCAAUUUUAAUGUUGUAGGUCAAAAUAUUGAUUUAAGUCAAAACCGUUUCAACAUAGGUUGAUUUUCAAUAUUUCCUUUGACUCUUAGUUCUAAUUAAUCAUGAUCAUGAAUAAUUAUGGGUUUAAUUAGUAAAGGAAGGUAGGUUUGACCUGAAUUUCAUUUUGAUUAGCAACAUACAACACAAACAUUCCAAACAUAUAAAUAGUAAUGACAUUCCCAUACUUGUGUAUUUGUUAUCCAGGGUUUGUAUGAGCAUGAAAAUCCUUUCCAUGCCUGGAAAGUCUUGGAAAAAUAAAUUUAUGUUUGGUACACUAUUUACUGCAGUUGUCAAAGCAAGGACAAAGAUAGAGACAAGUAAUUGGACAGCACAACAACAUUUUGGUGGACACCAGAGUUUGUGUCUGUUGCAUUGAAUUAGGUCAAAAAAUAUUGUACAUUGUAAAACAACGAAAGUUUCGAAAACUUUUGAAAGUGGCAGCGUGAAAAUUGAUAAGCUCAAAAGAGUAUGAACCCUGGUUAUCAAUAUUCAAACUACAUUACACAACUGCAAGGGUUUUUAUUUUGCCAGGACUAAAGAUACCUGUCAUCUGUGGUAACAAGAUGAUUUUAUGCAGGUGUGCAGAAAGCUAAUGUGGCUUGACUUUUAUUGUAGCUGCACAUGUAUAUCAACUUGAAACAUCUACCUAACACUGCUAUUUGAAAUUUUGCAGGCAAAGUUGAUUCAGUAUUAUCUUCAGACGGAGGAUUUACAACUUUACAAGCAUCUCUUCAAUAUUGAAGCAUUUGAGAUCAUACCUCUUAAAAGGUUACAUUGAAUUGAUUUUGUGUUACGUGCAUAAACAGUAUUCUUAUGUCUAGAGGAAAAAACUUAUUGCGCACGAUUGAACAUAAUUUGAUCAUCGACUGUCAGAAGAAAAACAAGCUCUACUUAAACCCAACUAUCCUAUUUAAAGAAUACAGCUUAUUUUAGGACUACCUCUACAAUGGGCAUGCCUAUGCACUAUCAUGUUUCACAUCCUAGCCAUCAACUUACCUUCGUUGUGCUAUGACAAUGUUAAACAUAUUUUGUGUGUUAGAAAUAUUAUUCCUAGAGGAGGGAUACUCCCUUAUAUGUAUUUGGGGCACUAAAGUGUAUGUUAUUUUGCCUGCUUUGGUCCGAGAUUGUGUAUAGUUUUUUCGCCAUUUAAGUUUGGAUGAAAUAGGAUAAUGUUUCUUCUGUUUUUUGGAACCAGGGUCUGGAAUUAGGUAUUCCUCUUAUUUUUCCUCAUUACAACAGCAGUUUAGUCCGGAAAUAGGGAGGGAAAUUUACGUAUUAAUUUAGUCUGAAACUGGUUUUUAAUAGCCUGCGAAAACAGCCCUUUCUACUUGCUCCUCGUUGCUUGGGACGUUUUGCUGUCGAAUAUCCCAAGCGGCAAGGAGCAAGGAAAAACGACUGUUUUCACAGGUUACAAAGAAGGGUGCCCCUUAAUUAGUUCAGUUGCCGAAUGUAAAGUGGAAUAAUUAAGAGACCCAUAACAAAAUAUACUAAGGACGUUUGCUCAUCCUAGAUGGACUGUCGUGUCCAUUAUAAAUUGAAGUAGUUGUUACUGGAUCCGAGUGGACGGUCCAGUUUUAAAGUAAUUUUGUCACCACAUGAUUGUGUUCUAGAUAAGACUUGUCCAUUAUUGCACAUACCGGUAAUGGUGUUGAUAAAUGUAUCUGGUUCUAAUGGUCAAUUUUAGGCCAGUUUAAUGUUUAAUAGUAAAAUAAGCCUGUUGUACUACAGCGUCUUUCAUUGUACCCUAUAUUCUGUCUAACUUAUUUCAAGGUGGUUUGAAAGUGGUUUUGCUGAAGAUAUUCCUGAUUCAUGCAUGGAAAGGUCAGUCAGAAUAUGUGAAAAAGGAAACGUUAACUCUUUCCAGGACUACCUUAAUUAUAUAGUCUACAAAGUAUACUUUAUAUUCAGUUAGUGUAAAUUUUUGAAUUAGCGCCCGCAUGAUUUAGCAACAGGACGGGAACGUCAGUUGACGACGGGAAAGCGCGCGGAAAGGACUAAACACGACUUCCGGUGCCCAAUAUGCCCCUCUGCCAUUGGUUAAGCCAGUUGUUCGAUUUGCGCGCGCCGUGGUCAACUGACGUUCUCUUUCUGUUGCUAUAAAAUCAGCCUAUCGUAGUAGCAGAGUUGUUGGUGUGUGUGUGUGUUUGUGUUUUUUUUUUUUCUGUACUCACUAAACCUAUUGUUUUCCUGACGUUUUCGUUAACGUUGCCGUCUUAGUUCAUGUUAGUUUUUUAAGGCCCUCUAAUUUUUUUCCUCUCCCCGCCGGCAGGAUCUGGGACAAAGUAGUUUGUGGCUCCAGUAAGAUACUUGUUUUUGUCGCUGUUAGUCUGCUGCUGGUCUUCAGGCAUCCCCUGCUUAUGGAAAAGUCAGCCCAGGGAGUAAACACGUUUCUCAGUAAGGUACAGAACGAUUCAGGUUUUCAGAGGCCAUACCGAUAUUUUUCAAUCGCCUUAACUGUGGUUUUUUCCUAGUCCGAUCGCUAUAAAAUUUUCACCAGUAAUUGGCUAUAGAUUGAAAUUUGUGAAAAUGUAGUUUCAAGUAAAAUCGAUAUUACUAUGACGACAAUAAACAGAAAACUUUGAAAUUGAUAAAACCCGAAUUUUGUGUGAUCUAGACCAGCUGCUGAAAAUCCAACACUAGGAACUUAAAGUUUGGUGUUUAGCAAAUAGCCUGCGUAAGAGGUAAAAAUUUCUGUAUGUUUGAAUUCGACUAAAACAAAAAUAUAUUUCAAACCUUAAAUUUUCAUUAGCCGUAAUAGAUUAUUCAAUAAAAACGUUAUAAACGACUCAAAUUAUUCUUAAGUAGGGUCAGAAUCCUGCUUAAUAUCAUAUUUCGAUGCUAGGAAAUUUCGGUGUGUUUUCUUCCUUGCGAUCUUAAAAACUAAACCGUUUUCUCACCACCUGUCUAAGUGCAACUUCAUUCAAAAUUUGGACUUUUAACCCUGGUUAAUUGGUAUAUCCCUGAAACGACUCCAACGAAUUUUUUUAACAUCUCGUCAGAUAAUCUUCAUACUGUAUACAAUAAUGUCUGAAACUUUCAUUGAGAUUGGUUCUCUGCAACACCUUGAAAUUUCAAGACAAACCUAUCCUACGAACCUGUCAAAAAUCUGCGUUACAACAUUCACUGUUUUGACGUUAUGCUAAUUUUUCGAAAAUAAUGCGCACUAUACAUACCUCAUGAUUAGUACAUUUUAGUUUGAAUUUAUCGCAUCUUUUGAAUGUAAAACAUUGACAAUACUCACACUGAAAUGUAUUAGUAAUGUCCUCGUGCCGCUCGAAAAUAAAAUUCAUAUCUUCGCGCCACCGUGUAAUGUCCUCUUUACUUAAAACUACAUUUUCACAAAUUUCAAUCUAUAGCCAGUUACUGGUGAAAAUUUCAUAGCGAUUGGAUUGGGAAAAACCACUUUUAAGGCGAUUGAAAAAUAUCGGUAUGGCCUGUGAAAAACUGUAUCGAAACACCAUAGGCCCAGUUCAGACGUCGUGCUACCGCCGUGCCGAACUCAAUUCAGACGUCGUGCUACCGCCGUGCCGAACUCAAUUCAUGAAUUAUAAAUACUUUAUAAUAUAUUUAAAAGUAUGCUAAACAGUUUCUUUGUUUUUGUGUUUUGUUUUUGGCAACAGUCGUUCCAUUCGACUUUCAUUGUGUGAAUUAAAUUCGACGUCUGAAACCAAGUCGUGCUAAUGUCGUGCUGCAGUCCAGCUACAGUCGAGCCAGCUUAGCUCGGCAGUAGCACGACGUUUGAAACAGCCCUUAAUUAAUGAAUAGAGCGCGACAUUUGACAGUUAUGAAACCGAUAAUCUAAUGGUCAGGCGCGGUCGUUAUUAUGAAAGGCAUUCCUUGUUCGCUAUGUUUGAAAUCCAUAUCCUGAAAGCUAUUUUUUAGCUUAGCAUGACGUAUUUCUAAGCUGUCUUCGUGGCUACCGAUCCCAGGGAAACCAAUGAAUUUUUGAAUUUUUAUCCCCAGCCCGUGCCUGAAGACAGUUUUGUCAGAAUGGUCAGUAAAGCUAUGGAGCUGUGGGAUAAACAUGGAGCUACCGUGAUCUCUGAUGCACCUACAGUACACUGAAUGGUUCAACUACAUCCUUAGUGCUCAAACAUGUGCCAGUGGGACUACUGGAAUCAGAGCUCAUUUGGCGGUGUUAGAUCAGAGAAGCAAUAAGCGUUCGCUGCUUUCAUCCUCGACAUUGCAUGAAUUACAUGGGGCGCUCAAAAAUCUGGCAUCGCAGAUGAGAAAUUAGCAAGCUCUCUGAAACGCCUGAUGGUAUGAUUAUGUUAUCCAUGAACACAACCGUUACAAAUGGCUGCAGAUCUCCGCAAAUCUAGCCUAUGAUAGGCGGAUGUAUUGGUCGGCUACUGGAAAUCAAAUUUGUGCUUAGCAGUGAAGUAAUGACCGCCUUCAAAGAUAAGGCUUCAAAUUGGAGCAUGUAGGGUGUAAGAAUAGUUUUCACGUGACAAAGGAGAAAAAAUUUUGUACUACAUGUACAUAGGUCAUUUAUUACUAGGCCUAGUGAACGAACAUAUGGACUAGUGAUUUAUAAACGAGAAUUGAUGGUUAAAUAUGUAAAGCAAUUUAUUGUAUAGUCUACGGGUAUGUCAGUUAUAUUCCUUGUGGUGCGAACUAACAGGAACGUUUUGAUAGAAAGCAAUUCUUGUCACUUAAAGUUACUUAAAGUGAUGAAAAAUUGUCACUUGCCAAAAAGUUGCGGCAAUUUUUUUGGUCAACGGAAAUUCACUACUUGUCAACCGGAAGUCGAGUGGGAUUUUCGUGACAAAUUGGAAGACCAAACAAAAUUUUCGUGACAAAAGCGGAAGAGGACAGUAAAGUAAUAAGCACGAAAAAGAGGAAACAAGAAACUGAAAUUUUGUGGAAAAUAUAACAAAACAGGAGGUCUUUAGCAUACUUUUACCGGUAAAAGACAAAGUUAUAAUGUGACCAAACAGGAAAAAAAGUAAACAACUGAACACAAAUUCGUGACCAGACCGGAAGAAAUCAAUCUUUAUACCGUGAACUAACCGGAACACAAACAAUCUGCUUUUUCCGAGAGGUUGUGUCGUUAAUUGCAAUCAUGAUUUAGUACCUUCCGUUUUCUCUUGUAAUACAUGCGGUCUUGGAACUAAGGAAUACGUCUUUGUUGUGCUGGAACAUGUGUUAUGUGCAA